GCAGGUUGUAUGACGAUGCCCCAGACAAAAAGCGUUGGUCAGUUUGGCGUAAUGAUGGGAUGUCUUCUAGACAUGAGUACAAUAGAGGCUGGUCUGGACUACAAUGGAUAUGGUUGUUACUGUGGCUUCGGAGGUCAAGGUGUUCCUCUUGAUGAUACCGAUAGGUGUUGUCAGACCCACGAUGACUGCUACUCAGUCGUACAGAACAGUGACAUGUGCCGGAGUUCCAACCAAGCCUACACCAUUACCUAUAACUACAACGCAUUGCAAUGUGGCACCUAUCGUGCACAAAUCGUUUGCUCUGAUGCAAGCAGUUAUGACGCAGAUUACAAGUACACAGACUGUGCUAUGGCUAUGUGUGCCUGCGACAAGGCAGGAUCAGAAUGCUUUCAACGUUACAGACCAACCUAUAACGAGGGAUAUAAGAGAUAUGACAAGGAUAGCUGCUGAUAGACGCGUAUCUCUCUCUGGAUUCAUUAUUGUAUUACUAUGAGGAGAUAGAAGAAAUAACAAACCAUUGAAUAAUACUGAUUGUCCUCAUACAUUUCUUUUCAACUACAAUAGAAAAUGAAUGUUAGUUUCAAAUUUGGUACUUUUAAGGUACUAUGUCCUAUUUGCAGGCCCAAAAAAAGAAGGUUAAAUUCCAGCAGCAUUUGAAAGAUAAUACUGAUUUAGAACUUCCCUAGAAAAAAGGGGGCUUGAAAAUAUCUUUAAGUGGAAAAAU